AUGGUCAGAAUGGAGAUAUCCGCUCCCCAAAAAGAGUUUGCAAUGAGCUUCGGAGUCUUCCCCGCACCUGUUUUGCAGUCUGCAUUUGCCAGUCCCACGAGGCCAAAUCCAAGUGGUGGAGGGGAAACAUGUGUAGAAACAGCUGUCAGUGUCUUUUUCAGUAAGAUUUUGAAGUUAGCUGCUGUAAGAAUUAAUGGAAUGGUUGAAAGACUUCAGCUUUCCCAGCAUAUCCGAGAGACUGUCUACUGUCUCUUCCAAAAGGUCCUUGGCCAGCGCACAACUCUAUUCUUCAACCGACACAUCGACCAAAUUAUCCUCUGCUGCUUUUAUGGAGUUGCUAAGAUUUCCCAACUGAGCCUGACAUUCAAAGAAAUAAUUUUCAAUUAUAGAAAACAACCUCACUGCAAGCCACAAGUUUUUCGCAGCAUCUAUAUUGGUUGGACAGCUUCUCGUCGGAAUGGGAAAUCUGGUCCAGAUCACGUUGAUAUCAUCACAUUUUACAAUGAAGUAUUUGUUCCUGCCGUAAAACCUCUUCUUGUUGAGCUCGGACCUGGUGGAUCGGUACACAGUAAUUCUCAUGCCCCAGAGGCGAGCGGUAACAUUGAUGACGCAUGUCCAGCAUCACCUAGAACAUCCUUAUUUCCGAGUCUCCCAGACAUGUCCCCGAAGAAAGUGUCUGCUGUACAUAAUGUUUAUGUCUCUCCUUUGCGAUCAUCUAAGAUGGAUGCAUUAAUUUCACAUAGCUCCAAAAGCUACUACGCAUGUGUGGGAGAAAGUACGCAUGCAUAUCAGACCCCUUCGAAAGAUUUGACCGCAAUCAAUAACCGUUUGAACGGAAAUCGGAAGCUGAGAGGAAGCCUCAAUUUCGAUGAUGUUGAUGUUGGAUUAGUCACAGACUCUAUGGUUGCCAACAGUCUUUACAUCCAAAAUGGAAGUUCAUCUUCGCAUAUGCUCCCUGUAAAAUCCGAGCAACCGGACUCGUGA